AUGCUGAGCGGCGAUUCGUCGGAGAAUCCCUACUUCUACUCCUGGAACACCGUGGUCGUGCUGUAUUGCGACGGUGGUGUUUUCGCGGGGGUGAAGGGAAAAAUGCUCUACGACCACUCUCAACCGUACUAUCUCUCCGGCCGACCGAUUCUGAACUCAAUUCUGGGAGAUCUCAGCAACAAGGGCCUGCAGCGAGCGGAUUCCAUCCUCCUUACAGGCUGCUCUGCUGGCGCUAUAGCGGUGUCGAUGGCGUGUGAUGCGAUGGCGCAGUUCCACUUCCCUCACAUGGCCAAAGUCAAAUGCCUCAUGGACGCCGGCUUCUUCAUGGACAUCAGCGGGCAGUACAGCUUUCGAGGCAUCGUGCAGCGAAUGUUUCGAUUCCAUUCCAUGACUGCUGCUGCGGAUGACGAUUGUCGCACGGCUUACUGGCGCAGUAAGGAGCUUUGGCGCUGCUUUUUCCCUCAAUACAACCUCCAAUACGUUUCUACACCUAUGUUCAUUGUGCAAAGCACGCCUUUCACUCCUCAACGCGGGAUUCUUAGACCUCUACGCGACAGCCAAAUGGCUCCGUUUGUCGCACAAAGUCGCCAGGCGACAAUUCUCCUCCUUCUGCUAGCCCUCGCUGUCGCACGUUUCCCUCCAUUACGCGUGUGCGCCGCUGCUGCUCCUACUACUAACGACCUCCGCGAAUUCCGGAACGAUGUGGACAAAAAACAGAAUCAAAUUUCCUUCUUGCCUAGGGAAGAUUACACUUCCGACACUCCCACGGAGCGUGAACAGAAUUCCUGCAUUCAGGAGAAACUUCAGGAGGCUUCAACAGAAGCAGACACGACGAUACGCGGAGUUAAAGCAGCGAAUCAGGGAGGAGAGGAGAGGGUAGGCAAAGAUAGUUUGAGAGGGAAGGUUAGAGGAAACGAAGUGAUUUGGAGAGUGGAAGGAGGAGGAGGGUGGGAAAGGGUGGCUCCAGACAUGGCUGCCGUUGUGAAAAUGGCCAAUGACGGGGAUGACAGUGGCGGGGAUAGCAAUGCCGAGGAUAGCAACGGCGGGGAUUGUAAUGACGAGGAUGGCAAUAUCGAGGGGCUGGAAGAAGAGGGAGGAGGGUGGGGAAGGGUGGCUCCAGACAUGGCUGCCGUUGUGAACAUGGCCAAAGCCGAGGAUGACAAUAGCGAGAAUGACAAUGGCGAGGAUGGCAACGACAAGAAGGGCAAUAGCGAGAAGGACAAUAGCGAGAGGGGCAAUGACGAGGAUAAGAACGGCAAGAAGGACAGCAGAGGCCUUCGUCCCGAGACCGAGAUUCUCACAGUCUGCACACCGGCAGGCCAUUCUGAAGUGCAAAUCUCCCCUGCUCGUAUGGGGCAGACGUGGAGAGGAUGGGGCACCUCGCUGGGAUGGUUCGCCAACUACAUCGGCAAGCUCCCACCACACCAGCUCUCUUUCCUCCUCGACCUGCUCUUCCAUCCCUCCAUCG